AUGCACAGCUCUUCAUGGCGGCAACCAGGACAUUGGGCUCCUUCUGUCUCCACUGACGAUGUUGAACAGGGCAGCCGCAACAAGUGCGUGCCUGAGACGGGGACCUCGACGGAAGAGAAGCUACAGUGUUUGCGCUGCUGCUUCGGGUGCGGGACACCACUGCUGGCGUUCUUGCGAGAAGAGUGUGACCGGCUCGAUGGCGUGUUGCAGGAGCUGGAUGGAAGCAGCGACGUUCGGCUCGACAGCAUCUCACCAGGAAACACGAACAACGACAUGACUCCCCUAACGCAGACGCCUGACCCUUCGAUGUGGCAGCUGAUCUGCGAUGCGAAUGUGCAGCAUCUCGCCCAGGCACCCGGGGAAGCACCGACUGACGUGUCCCUGCCAGCACCCCCUGUGAAGAAGACAAGCGAGUCAGCCGCCGCCGCUGCAAGUCCACGCUCGUACUUGACGGAGGUGGAUGUGGCAGGGCGGCGUCACUGUGUGUACUUCUGCACCCCUGCCUGUGAGAAGCACAGCCUUACCGAGGAGGGAAAGCGCUUUGUUCUGACCUCGCUGCAGCACGGCCACCCGCCCGUGAGCGACGCGGCACUUGACCGUGCAGAGGAUUGGAUGGCUUCGGCGGCGGCUGCGACAGCCUCGCCGUCACCGCUGUCAGCGCAUGCGCCAUGGGUCUUGAUGCUCCGCUACCCCACUGCUGAUGACAUCGUCCACUUCGCACAACACCCACCAUCGGUCGCCUUGCGGCUGAGUGCGUGGCCAACGCGGCUUUACGCACUCUCCUCCCUUCACUCCAUCGCCCGUCGCUGCAACGAGCGGGUUUGGCUGCUCACCCUUCUUCUGGCUAAGCACCUGCGCUUCACACUGGCUUCGACGUCCGUAUCAAGUACGUCUCUGCCGCAACCGCAGAGCUUUGUAGCAUGGUUGGGGGACACCGUCGCCCCGGCCUUCCGCACUCGACUGGAGGACAUGCUGAGGUGCUACGCAGAGGGUGCCAUGCAGCUCCUCUCCACGGAGCAGCGCUCGCUACUGAGGUUCAGUUGGCACCUGCUGACAUGGUGGUGGCUACUUUCCUGUGCGGAGGAGUACACGACAAUUGCGAUCACGGCAACGGGCGCGAGGGGUACUGACUCGACAGGGUUGUCAUUGUUGUAUCCACUCUACCCAGCGCUGGAGCGCCGCUCGCCGCCGUCCACUGGGACUACCAGCGAGAAGCAGGUGUUGGAGUGGGUCACCGACGCCCUCGCCGUGGCGCAGUGCACAGCAUUUCCCCUCCAGCUUUACCUACAGCUGUACUGGCUGACGAAUGCGAACGUCCACAUGUACGUCAUCACCAGCCCUCUCUACACACUGUGGUGUCGGUGGCUGCAAAGCAAGGCGGAGCGCAGCGACGCGGCGGGUACGGACGCACUUAAGGUGGCGAGUCGCGAAGAUGGCACCACCGCGCAGGUGGCUAACUCGGUCAUGCUGCUCGAACGCCUGUAUACACUCUUUCACGGAGUCAACGCUGGAAGGGCCGAGGCCGCAGUAGGGGCAAAGGGGGCGCGAGGUCCCGGUGGAGGGAUUUCCCUUCAUGCUGCUGGUGUGGCCCUCUACGAUGUCGCCACGAAGCUCAACCACAGCUGUGCGCCAAACGUGCGCUUUCAGCCCACCAUGGGACCUGUGGCGGCGUCGGUAGUGGCGCUGCGAGCGAUCGAAGCCGGCGAGCAGCUCUUCACCAGCUACAUCUGUGUCGAGGACUUUGGGGAGCAGGCAUGCGCCGCUGCCGCGCGGCGGCGGCGACGCUACCUGAAGGACUACUACGGCUUUGAGUGUCGGUGCCCUGUGUGUGAGCUCGCAGACACCGUCAGAGAAAGGGAUGAGACAUGA